GUGAAUUCAUUCGCAAUGCAGUAUGGGAAUGAAAAUGGAAGGUGGGAGACAAGAUAACGCAAACUCUCGUUUUGCAGAACUUUGAGCUUUCAUAGUUGCGCUGAAGAAAACUACACAAUGCAAAGGGUGAUUUUGUUUGGCAGUGCUUUCAGAGCGAUCGUGGCAGGAUCAGACGGACUUAAUGCGCACUCUUUUUUCUGUACGAGACAUGAAAAUGUGAGCAGGACUCAGAUUAGAAAACACUCUCAAGAUCAACCCACCAAUAACACAGGGCACUUUAGCUGUUACAGCUUACCACACAGGACUCUCAUCAAUGUGUCUGGACAAGACAUGAAUUCAUUUCUUCAAGGGAUAAUAACCAAUGACAUGGCUCUUUUGGCACAGGAUGCACUGUGUGCGAUGUAUGCUCACAUACUCAAUGUUCAAGGCAGGACACUGUAUGACAUCAUCAUUUACAGUUUGGAAGGAAACCCAAAUGGACUUAAUGGUGUACUUCUGGAGUGUGACAGCAUUGUACAGGAAUCCAUUAUGCGGCUUCUGAAAGUCUACAAGAUACGUCGCAAAGUAAACAUCAGCUUGUGUCCUAGUCUUUCACUUUGGGCUCUAUUACCUCGAAAUAAAGAUGAUGUGCUGGGAAAGUCAAAGCCAGAUGUUACUGCAGCAGAUAAAAUGUUAGUUUUGGAGCAAGACCCAAGAACUGAACUAAUGGGCUGGAGAAUGAUCACCAGUUGUCAGGACAAUCUACAUGAGAUUGUCUCUGCUUACCGACAGGGCAACAUUGAAGAAUACCACAGACAUCGCUAUGAAAUUGGACUACCUGAAGGAGUCAAAGACCUUCCGCCAGGUGAGGCCCUUCCACUGGAGUCUAAUCUUGUUUACUUGCAGGGAAUUAGCUUCAGCAAGGGAUGCUACAUCGGACAGGAACUAACUGCAAGAACUCACCACACUGGUGUAAUAAGGAAGCGCCUAAUGCCUGUUACCAUGUCUGCUCCAGCUGAGAACCUGGACCAAGGGGCUGCCCUUGAGACUGAGGGGGGCAGACCAGCAGGGAAAUUCAGGGCAGGAAUCGACAAGCUAGGACUGAGCCUUGUACGCUUGGCUCAUGCUAAAGAGUCACUCAAACUUAAAUCCUCUGAUGAAACAACAGUUACUUUACAGGCUAUUGUGCCUGAUUGGUGGCCAAAAAACACUGAAGAUAAAUGAAUUAGUAACACUAGAAAGGUCUAAGGUCUGUCUACCAGACUGCUUAAUUUUAAUGCAGAUAAUAAUUAAGUUAAUUUAAAAUGUUAAAAAUAAUAUUUUACAUAAAAUCUGCUGACAAUGUAUUGGUUAACACCUUAAAAAUAAAAUGUAUUUCAAACAUGUUUUAUUGUUAAUUUUCUGAAGUAAAUCACAUCUUCAUGGAUGUAAACUAACCUAUUCUUAUUUAAAAAGAUGGACUGUAUGUUGCCUUAAAGAGCACCUGCUUACUUUGUAGUUAGUCUGAAAUAAAAUAUGAAAAUAGCCAGAACAGAGCAAUCAAUAUUGUUUCUGUUGUUGCAGUGGAUAAGCAUAUUUGAAUACGUCUUUAUCACAACUCAUUUAUAGAGGAGAGUGGGGUAAAAUGUGUAGCCCCUUUAAUCUAGUAAACUGUUUUUGUCACAUCUUAUAUUUACAAAGGGCCAAUUAUAUACAGUUGCCUGAUAGAUACACAUGGAAAUGGUGUUUUUGUACAAGCAAAUUCAUGUUGGUCUAAAUAAUAAUAAUAAAUGUAUAUUAGACAUGUUGAUGAAUGGCCAGUGUACAAACCAUGUAAAUUAAAUUAUGGGGCUACAAAUUAUACUGUAGUCAUGGAUAAAACAGAGGUGGCCAGUCCUAUCCCACAUACAACAUAACUUAAACCUUUAACUGACAUCUCUACUGUACAGCAGACUUUAAUUUGAUAGUGAUGGACGCACUUCCUUUGCAUGUGAGAAAUGCGGUGUUGCCUUGCAUGUUGAGUGCUUCGAGAAAUUUCAUGCAAACCACUAAAACACUACCCAAGAGAGAUAGAAAAGGAGAGCAGGGAGGACACAUGACAUAACUUCCUAUUCCGAAUGUCUUUUGAAGGAAAUUGUCUGCAUGCACAAUUUGUUUGUUUAUAUGUGACCCUGAACCACAAAACCAGUCAUAAGGUUUUUUUUUUAUUUUUUUUUUUUUAUUUGUACAUAAUUUGAAAGCUGAAUAAAAUUUUCUUCAUUCUAUUUAUUUUUAUUUAUCUAUUUUCAUUUAACUUUUUGAUUCACAAUGCCCUGUUGGGGCAACGUAAUGGGCUGCACUUUGUUCCACCACUUUAAAACAAAUGGAUUUGUUGUGUUUUCAUAUUCAAGAGAUUGUAAGCAAGAUGGAGCUUUACCCAAGUGGACUUAUUGUGUUACCGAUAGCUGCUCUUCUACAGUGUUAUUCUACAUGUCAGUAAAGUCAAUUUGGUUUUAGCAGUUCAUAAAAAUCAUAUGAUGAUGAUGAUAUGUCCAAAGUGGCAUACAAACGAGAAUAAUACAAACAGAUGUGAUUAAUCCACAUGAAGAAAACGAGUAGAAAUAAAUAUUUGUAAAUAUAUUAAUUUUUGUUUGUAUUAAAAAUUAAAUAUAAAUAUUA